UCAGCACCAAGGACAGCACCAGACAAACAAAGCACCUGACUGUCGCCAAGUUUACAGGCCGGAUUGGAUGCAAUAAUGUAAAUAAAGUGAACCUCCGACGUGUCAUUGUGCAGACAAUAAACUCACUUUACAAGUCAGACACGCAGCCAUGUCAUGAUGUUGUUUCCCUCCCACUGACAAGCUAAACUGGUCAGAAUGAUCCCCCAUCACGCAAUAUUUCCUCUCCACCAAUAAUGGGUCUUUGUGAAGGAGCACUCAGUUGGAAUGAAAACUCACAUUUGGGAGUGAUUUAAGGAAUAAAAACUCAGUUUUUCAGGAACACUCCUACAGAGGGGAGGAGGUGUGUUUUCCCCAAAUAGCCGAGCAGAGGUUAAUAAUCCCUCAUUUCUUCUGCACCUCAGUGGCAGCAGUCCGCGAAAUUUCCAGCAUGCACGAACAGAAGCUGAGAGCCGCUCUCUUCGAUUCCCCCACGCAACUUUCUGACUGAACUUUUUUCUUCUGACAGAUGUUCUGCUCUGGCCAUUUUUUUUGUCGUUAUCGCCACAGUGGAGCUGUUUAAACUGAGCUGAGUGAGGUUGAGGUGAGGGAGGGGAGAGGACUGCCCUCUGCAAGAAAAAAAUAACUUGUGUAAAAUGUGAGGUAUGUGCACAGCAGUCUGCUAACAACGUGAGACCACUGGGACAUUCGCCUCGUCAUCUUGGGAGCCUAAAGCCCUGAAUUAGUAUGGACAUGAUGAGCUUUAGAGUCCGGUGCUUUCUAGUUUUCCUCACUUUUUACGUGCAAGGGGGAUUAUCAAGGGAUUAUGAAGCAAACCUCGGAACAAAUAAUCUUUUACAGAGAAUUAAACGUCAGAGCAAACCCUCGAAACCAGUGCUGAAGGUGACAGACUAUCAUGUGAGGUGUUCGGUGGUGUCCCGCUACGCUGUUACCACAGUCCAGAGUUCAGUAUGGAACCAGCUCCCCGUCACCAAGGAGGCCGCCUUCGAGGUGGACCUGCCCUCCUCUGCUUUCAUCUCCAACUUCACCAUCACCUCCAAUGGCAAGGUGUACGUGGCCCAGGUGAAGGAAAGAGCUGCUGCCAGGAAAAUUUACGAUGCUGCUAAGAAGCAAGGAAAAACAGCCGGACUUGUCGCCACAAAAGAGAGGGAGAUUGAGAAGUUCCGUGUGGCGGUGAGUGUCCCGUCGGGAGCUCGGAUGUUAUUCUCCCUGUCCUACGAGGAGCUGCUGCCUCGUCGGUUCGGCCGCUAUGAGCUCAGCCUGGGUCUGAGGCCCGGGCAGCCCGUGCAGAACCUCACCUUAGAUGUCAGCAUCACAGAGAGGACGGGCAUCAGUUUCAUCAAAGUCCUUCCUCUCAAGGCAAGCAGACUCCUCUCCAACACUGCUCAAGGUGAUGCAGACGCCCCUGCCUCCACUCACGUCGAGCGGAGCGCCACCUGUGCUCGAGUUCGCUACAGUCCAACUCUGCAGCAGCAGAACAGCAUCUCCUCCAAAGGUCUUAAUGCAGACUUCAUCAUUCAGUAUGAUGUGGAACUCAGAGACCUCAUGGGGGAAAUCCAGGUGUAUGACGGCUACUUUGUGCAUUACUUUGCACCCAGAGGGCUUCCUGUGGUUCCCAAGGAUGUUAUAUUUGUCAUUGAUGUCAGCGGCUCAAUGAUAGGCACCAAGAUAAAACAGACCAAGCAGGCCAUGAGCACCAUACUCGGGGACCUACGAGAGGGAGACCACUUUAAUAUCAUCACCUUCUCAGACAAGGUCCACACCUGGAGGAAAGGGCGAACGGUGCGGGCAACGCGUCAGAAUGUACGAGACGCCAAAGACUUCGUGAGGAGGAUUAUUGCAGAAGGAUGGACCAAUAUCAAUGCAGCUCUGCUCUCAGCCGCCCAGCUCGUCAACCCUUCAUCCUCCACCUCUCCCAAACUCGGCUCAUCCCGCCGCGUUCCUCUGGUCAUUUUCCUCACUGAUGGGGAGGCAACCAUUGGAGUAACAGCUGGCGACACCAUCCUCAACAAUGCCAAGAAGGCUUUGGGUUCUGCCUCUCUGUUUGGCCUCGCUUUCGGGGAUGAUGCAGACUUCCUCCUUCUGAAACGGCUGGCACUGGAUAACCGAGGCCUGGCGAGGAUGGUGUAUGAGGACGCAGACGCAGCCUUGCAGCUGAAGGGCUUCUACGAUGAGGUGGCCAGCCCGUUGCUGUCAGACAUCCAGCUGUCGUACCUGGACGAUCAGGCGUAUGACAUCACCUGCUCCCUGUUCCCCAACUACUUCCAAGGCUCCGAGUUGGUGGUGGCUGGGAAAGUCAAACCAGGGGUCAAGGAUUUAAAGGUGUCGAUGUCCGCCAUUGAUUCAAAGGAACAUGUCAAGCUGGAGAGCGAUGUUUUGAUUUCCCAUGCAAAUGGCAAUGGGACUGCAGAUUCAUUCGACUGUUCAGCAGGCUUGGAAGGAAUCUCCAGCUUUGUGCACCGUCUCUGGGCGUAUUUCACCAUCAAGGAGCUGCUGCUGGCCAAACUGAACGCCACUGACCCUGCAAUGCAAAGGUUACUGGCAGACAAGGCCACCAACCUCUCCCUCAAGUAUAACUUUGUAACACCGGUCACCUCUUUAGUUGUAGUUAAACCAGAUGCAGAUGAAACGUCUCCCUCGCCAACCACUCCAAAGCCCACCACCGCUGCCACUAUAACCACAACGGUGACGGCUACUACCACCGCCAAAAUAUCUGCAGCCGGUGCUGCAAAGAAGCUGAGCUCACCUUCUAACCCGAGGCCAAACAAAACUAAACCAGACCCUCCUCAGCCACCUCCGAACAUACCACAAACUAAAAAAAUCUCACCUACCACAGUAAAAACUGUGCCGUCACCGUCCAAGAAAACCACAACAACCUCAAGUCCUGUCAAAACUGCCCCAGCAUCAUUCUCUGGUAAAAAGCCCUCUCCUUCCCAAAAUGACUCUAAAGCUGCCUCUCCUCCUCCUGCUGGGAGGAUUCCCACCUCUCUCCUCAAUGCUCUGAAAACAGCGUCACCUCCUGCACCUGGAAAAGUCUCCACCCCUCAGCCCAGUGCCUCGAAAACAACCACUCCAUCGACAACCACCACGGUCUUAACAUUCACCACCAGCACCACACCUCCACCUGCACCCCUGCCUACCCCUCAGACGGGCUCAGUGAGGUCAACCCUCCCUCCUGUCAGAGCGACGGUACGCUCCACAGAGGCAGGAAACGGCACCACAUCUGCUCCAGAUGUUCUGCAACCUGAAAUCACAGCCGCUCCACCCAAGCUGCCGCUGCCUCCGCUCACCUCUCCGACCCCGGCGCCCGCUCCAGCUGUGGACGACAACAACACAGACCCAGAGACGGAACUGAGAGUGGCCAGCUUUGUGUCUGCCACCUUUGCUCCCAUGCCCGGGGUGACAGAUGGGCCGCGGCUGUGGGAAGCAGCAGGACUUCUGGAUGUCUCCACUUUUAUUCAGAGAAAAGAUAUUGACCUUGUGAAAGACUAUGAUGCAACCUAUGACUACGACUACGAUCUCAACUACGAUUCAGACUGGGAUGAUACUGCAGACACUGGAUCAUUUGAACCUCCGUCCAGGCUGAGCACCAUCCGAGUCUUCUCCUCAUCAGUUGAUGGAGAUCCUCAUUUUGUGGUCCAGCUGCCAAAGCUGCAUCAGAACCUGUGUUUCACUGUAGACGGGAGGGCUAAUGAUGUUCUCAGACUGUUAGAGGACCCAGAGAGAGGGAUCAUUGUCGAUGGCCACCUGAUGGGAGCUCCCACCAAGCACGGCGUAGAAGAUCGCUCCAGGACCUACUUCGACCAGCUCACCAUCUCCUCAGCCACGGGCGGCUCUGGUGACAUCACCAUCACCCUCUCACUGGACGCUGUCGUGGUGGAAGGGGAAGGGCAGGAUAUUCUUCCCAUCAACCAGCAGGGAUCAGUGAGGCGGCAGGGUGUGACGGUCACAGUGGACAACCACAGGAGCUGCUGGGUCGAGCUGGCCAAGGAUGUGCGGUUCCUGGUCCUGUUCCACCACUACAAACACCCCAGCUACCUACAGAUGGCUCACCUGGGGUUUUACAUCACGGACGGACGGGGGUUGACGGCUUCAACUCAAGGCCUGCUGGGCCAGUUUCAGCAUGUUGACAUGAGUGUGACCGCAGAGAAGGAUUAUCUGGAUGGAGGCGCUCACAAGGAGGCAAUUUCAGCCAGGGGGAUCCUGAGGUGGGGAUCCGAGCACAUGCCAGUCACCCUGCAAGACAAGACGCUGAAAGACACGGUGCGAAAGCGCCACACAGGCAAGUGCUGGGUGGUGCCCAAGGCAGAGCUCGAGAGACUACUGGGUCAUCCAUACGAGAGCUACGUGGUGGAUCGUGUGUAAUUCUAGCCGAGUCAGCUCCACCUUGUUGCCUCGCUGCCGCACAGCUCAGGUCGCAGCAGUUAUCGUGGUGUGUUUACUGGACAAAGGAUGAGCAAGAACUGGGAGGCUUGAUGACACGUUUCCAGCCCCUGGAUGAGACGUUGUAAUAUUCUGUUAAGGUGCAGCGCAACACAGGUGUGGUUACAAAAGAGGAAAAGAGGUGGUGACAGAUUGGAGACUGCAGAGGAAGAGAAAGCUGCAAGGGUGAUAAGGACGUACGGUUUGAAAAAAUAUAGUGACAGACUGAUCGAUGCUGCUGUUCUCUCCAUCACCGAAGUAAAAUUGGACAGAAGCUCCAUGUUCUGUGUCUGUGACAGAGACAAAAUUUUCUCCUGUUCGCAUGGCAACCACGAAAAUGUACAUUUGUGCUGCAGCAGCUCCAAAAUGUCUUCAAAGAUAUUUAUCAGAUUAAUCUUAUAUUUCCUUAAUGGAAUGAUUAUUAGGCAAAGCCACGUUCUUCUGCUUCAGACCUGUAUCAUUCUGUUCGCUGUGUUUUUUUUUUUAGCACAAGUGUAUAUAAAAUAUUAUUUUAUGUCUGUAUGUAUAGAUAAUCUUCCCACAACGGGUGACUCGCCUGGAUGUAGUGAUUGCAAAAAGAGAAAAAAACAAAACAAAUUCAGGGUCUUUCCAGGUUUGCCAUGUGCUUUUUAUUUUUCUAUCAUGUCAUUCAUAGUUUAAUUCAUUUUUAUUUGUUACACAAGACAUUAGGCAUUGUUCACAUACUAGUGAUCAAACAAGGACAGUAAGUUUUCUACUACUCAGCCUGAACUAUUUCUUUUGUCAAAUUCAAGGGAUAUUGUCAAUAGUGGUUUCCAAAAGGCCAAAGUGGAUGGAGAUUAAAACAGUACGACCACACAUGAGGCUUUUGUUUUCAAUAAAUUAAAAAAAAAAGAGAGAGAGAGAGAGAGGCUGAUGCUGAGGAGGGGCAGGGGAGGGAGGGCGCCAGAUAUAUCUAUGUUCAAAGAGUAAACAGUGUUCCAGUUUUAAUCAGAUAACAUGUUUCCAGGAUUAAGACCACACACAAAUGUUGAAUGACACACAGUGCGAGAACUGUUGUGAAUACACAGCUGUAUAGAUUUUGUCUGACUGUUGGUGUUAUUCCUUCCAUCAAAAACCUGUUUCUUAGGAAUGCUAAUAAUCAUAUUUAACCGUGAUGCAGCACUGGAAUGAUCAUAACACAUGAGCACAGCAAAUAACAAACAGAAACAAAUAAUUUCAGGUGUGCAUCACUUUUUUAAAAAUCCAAAACUAGUAGCAUAGCAUAUUCAGCAUUUGACAUAGUUUCUUUCCACAAUACGUCAGUGAAAUUCAAAUAAAUAGAGCAUAACA